AUGGUAGAGUCAAUUUCUCCCAUCAAGCAUCGCCUCGAGCUCCUGGAACGGACUCUCUAUGCUGUCCAGGCUCAGCAUCGUCUUCUGGAGUAUCGUGUUCAAUACAUCGAAGAUGAGAAUCAGACAUUGCGUCAGGCCUUGGCUUCGAGUCUGCAACAGGGUAAUGGACCGGGCAAUGGAAAGGCUUCCUCUGGCCACAAUUCUUACAUUUCUGAGCUCCAAGCACUUGCUAAAGAGCCAGAGGAUAGUGUUGAUGAGCAUGUCAAAACUUUGUCAUCUCUAAGUCUUCUGGAUGCACCCACCUUGUUGAUGCAAGUUUUGGUUCCAAAAACCACUGCGAAGUCUGAAGUUCGCUACUCACCUCUGGCACCUUCUAGCGCUGCCGCCUCAGAAUUUGAGCCAAGCGGAGGAAGCCGAUUCAAUCCCCCAACUGUUGAUACUUUGCCCCUUGUAUCUGGCUCACCAGAGUCAAGUGCCGUGGAUACUUCCUCAAACCCAAAGACGAAGGAGCGAGACUUUGCCGUGGUACCUUGGGACGGGACGAUUGCUUGGAAGUUUAUUAACCUUUUCAGGGAUAAAAGGGAGGAACAUGAAGCCAUACUGAACUCAAUCGAUCACUGUCGCAUGCAGGAUGAGUGGUUCUUUCAGUACGGCCUACGCUAUAUUCCAAAACCUGGCGACAAGGAUGCAUACCGCACUGUCCGUAUUGAGAACCUCCCCAACGGCACUACGCUUGAUGAGCUUCUCGCUCACAUUCAUUGUGGAGACGUCUUUUCCGCCGAUCUUCUCAAUACACUCUCAAUAACUGGCUAUCACACCGGUCGAGUGGUCUUUCUGCAUCAGAAGUCGGCUGAGAAGUUCUGCAGGAGCGUUAAGAAGAGGGGACUCGAAAUACAAGGUACUCCUGCCCAUGUGACACUAGAGAAAACCGCAACCUAUCCAGUGGGAAUGUCCUUGAGAGCAGCUAUCCGCGAUCACGGUUGCACUCGCUGUGUGUUAGUUGACGAGGUUCCCGAAGCUCUAAUUGAGUGUAUUGAUGGAGUGGUCGGGACACCUCAUCUCAAAAACUCUGUCGAGCAUUACUCCAGGAGCUACUGUGAUGAAGAAUAUCCAGAACAGACUAAGCUCAGAGUCUGUGUGCGUUUCCAUUCCAUGAGGGCGGCAGCAUAUGCGUACGAUGAACUUCAACGGAACAUUUUUCUGCGACACUGCAUCCUCACAUAUGACAAAGAUCCAUGCAACAGCGAACCUAUGUGA